AUAGCAGCUUGCCUCAAUACAAGUGAACUGGAGCUGAAGCAGAGCCCUCUGUCCCUAUUGUGAAUUGCCAAAGAACAUGGCUGGAAAAAUCCAGGGUUUGAGUGAGGAAGAGAGGGAGCAUCUACUGCCCCUUCUACAGAAUGCCCAGUGGGUGGAGGUAGUGGGGAGGGACGCCAUCUACAAAGAAUUCAUCUUCAAAGACUUCAACCAGGCGUUUGGCUUCAUGUCCAGGGUGGCCCUGAAAGCUGAGAAGAUGGACCAUCACCCAGAGUGGUUUAACGUGUACAACAAGGUUCAGAUCACCUUGAGCACACAUGAUUGCGGGGGGCUCUCCCAGAGAGACAUCACUCUAGCCACCUUCAUCGACGAAGCAUCUAUCUUCUGACCUACUCGCGGCCUGCAGCCAUUCCAGACAAGUCAAUUCAAUGGUGGAACCCAGAGCCUAAAUGCACUAAAACAUUUUAUUCAGAAGACUAAUCUGGAACAGGAAAUUAUCAAACAGGAAAUCCCAAUUCAAAUGUAACUUUCAAAGGUCUGUUUCAAUUGACACUGGCUCCUUUUAAGGUGUAGAAUGAUGAAAAAAACCCACUUCUUUUAAAAAUGGAAAAUGCUUUCAAAACCAUGAGCCAGUUAACCAUAAGGACAUUCCUCCUUCUUUAGCUGGGUGGAAUCAGGUACUAUAAAACCAAAAGCAUUUAUGGUACGUAUGUAGAGCCAACUGAACUUUUGAAUUCCAGGCGAACAUGUAUACCUUAAUUUCUUCAUUCCAGUCUGUUUUUUGGUCAAUCCUGUGUACUAUUCCAGUAUACUAUUCCAGUAUUACCUGCCAGUUGUCUCAAAUUGAUUUCUUCUAUUUUUUUUAUUUUUUUUUAAACCAGAGUUUAUUUAUUUUAUUAAUCUGAUCUACAGACAAAUUAUGUCAGUAUUAGAAUAUUUUACCAAGCCCUGAAAUUAUUAGACUAUUAAUAAGGUUUAAUCACAAUGAGUUUCUCUCAAAACAAUUUACAAAAUGGAAUAUUUUUGGAUCAAUUGUUGUUUGGAAAGGAGUGUAGCUAUUACCAACAUAUGCUUACAAAAUGUGUUUCUUCAGGAAUAAUGGGCAGCAAACAAUUACACAAUAGCACAGGUAGCUACAAAGUCAUGCCAGUACAUGAAAACAUUUAAUUAUACAUUUCAAUGAACAAUGUUAACAUGUACAGUAUAAACGAGAACAGGAUCCAGGAGAACUUCAUGUCAUGAAGCCUUAUCCCUGAGCCUGGUUGAUACUAUAAUCUACAUUGUUCAGAGAUAAAAAAUAAAACAAUUAUGGGUUCCGUACA